AUGUCGCUCAUCCAGCAUGUCACACAACAAGAGGGUACUGACCGCGAGGAGGCGCUCGUCGACCUGUUCUUGCCGCCGAUAGACCGGCUCGAAAGCCGAGAGCAGGCUUCCGAACGUCGGCUCUCUUUUCAAAGUCAAUACUCGAAUGCAGGCUUCUUGCACACAGGCAAGUCAGUGAGGCGUGUGAUCAGCUACGAUACGCUUCACAAGCCUCAAGAACCGGUUGCAGGAGAUGUCGACGGCGGUGUGACACAGUACAAAGUGUCGACCUUCAAGCGUGCUGCGCAAGUCCUCGUGGUCGUCCUUGCCUGCUGGUUUGCCAGCGGUAUCGUCUUUGGCUUCGCAGCGCUGAAACCAAUCCUAAUCAAAGAAGGCGUCUACCAAGAUCUCUGCACGCAAGAGGAGCUCAACGAGGAAGUCGAAGUCUGCUACGAACAGGAUCUGCGCCUCAACUUUUUCUUUUCGCUCGCGUCUACUACCGCUAAUGUCUCUGCACUUGUUGUUGGAACCAUGUUGGACCGCUAUGGACCGAGAGUCUGUUAUCUUAUUGGCUCAGCUUCCCUUGCUGCUGGCAGCAUCAUAAUGAGCCUCGCCUUUCAGAUCGACGAGUUCGACGGCUUCACAAUCGGAAAUUUCUUCCUCGCACUUGGAGGCACAUUCGUGUUCUUGCCAUCUUUCCAGAUUGCUAACGCGUUCCCCAAGUACAGCGGUAUGAUUGUGGCACUCGUUACUGGCGCCUUUGAUGCAUCUGCAGCGGUCUAUCUUUUCUACAGACUUGCGUAUGAGGGCACCAAUGGGGCCUUCAAGCCGCAGACCUUCUUCCUUGCGUACCUUAUUGUACCAAUUGCGAUUGUCAUCGCCCAGCUGACAUUCUUACCAACUGAGAACUACAAGACCACGCCUCAACUGGAGAUAAAGUUCCAGCGUGCUGUGGAGAAUGAGCGCGAUGUUCAUACUUCAGAUGAAGAUCUGCCUGAUGACGAGGUAUGGAGACGCAGGAAGAACCGCAGCGCGCGCCGCCGCAAGCGAUUGAGCAAGCUUGACCAGCUGAUUGGCGACGAAGUCUCGAGGAAGAAGCAGGAGGAGAAGUAUGAGCAGCAGCUUGAAGUGUCGGGGGUCUGGGGUGCUUUGCACAAUAAGACUGCCAUCGAGCAGAUGCUUACGCCGUGGUUUAUCCUGUUGGCCCUUCUCACAGUUAUGCAGAUGGUUCGUAUGAACUACUUCAUUGCAUCCAUCCGAGAGCAGUACGCAUACAUGCUCGGUUCCAUCGACCUGGCUGCUCGUGUCAACGACUUUUUCGACUGGGCACUGCCCCUCGGAGGUGUUCUCAGCACACCGUUCCUCGGCAUGCUUCUCGACAAUGUCAGCACUCCUGGAGUGCUGCUCAUCAUUGUCAUCAUUGCCACUGCCAUUGGCAUUGUUGGUUCGAUUGGCACGCUCUGGGCAGGCUUCGUCAAUGUCCUCCUGUUCGUCUUCAUGCGCCCUCUCUACUACUCGGCAAUGUCCGACUAUGCCACAAAAGUCUUCGGUUUUGCAACAUUCGGUCGCGUCUACGGAACCAUCAUCUGCUUCUCCGGGCUGGUCAACCUCUCGCAAACAGGCAUCGACGCGCUCACCAAGCGAAAGUUCAACGGCAACCCGGUACCCGUCAAUGCUGUCUUGGCUGGUCUUACCUUUGUCGUCGGCACGUCCCUUGUCGUCUACAUCACCGUCCAGGUCAUCCGCAUGCGCAAGAAGCUCGAUGAGGAGGAUGCCAUGACCGUUACCAACACCGAUGUCGGCAGCAUAAUGGAGAGCCUGCUUGAGGAGGAUGAGCCAAGGGACUACGGUAGCAUUGCUGCUGCUCGUCCGUCCAGGGAGUACGAGCAGCCCGGUCGCCCAUCCAGAGAGUACGUCUAG